AUGGAUUAUCAGCAAAAAAUAAUUGAAAUAUUACAAAAGAAUUAUAACAAAAUAUCUUAUUAUGAAAAGAUAAUAACAAGUUUAGAAUAUAUACUAGAACUUGAAGAGACUGAACAACAUCAAUCCUACCAAGAAUUAAUUCAAAUAUUGAUUGAAGAAGAAUCAACUUCACAAGAGUUGAUAAAAGCAAUCAAAGAAAUACAACAAAGUUCUGAAGAAAGAUUUGAGCAAACCUUAGAAUUGGCAAAGAAAAUUGCACUCAAGAAAAUAGAAAUAUAUAAAGAAUCUGCAAAAGAAAUUUAUGAAUCAAUCAAUACUCAUCUAGAAGCAAUCCUACAAGAAGGAAAAGAAAAUCAACAACAGUCAUACUAA